AUGGGAGAGAUCCGAGCGCCAUGUUGCAUGAAUCCGAAGAACGCCUGUAUUUGUGCAAUGGCUUUCGAAGCACUGGUGUUGGCUCAAUCCUUAGUUUUUACAAUUGGUUACAUAUCAAAAGGCGAAGCGCUCUACAACUCUACCCAUACGUUCUUUUCCGAAAUUGUUAGUUGGGAAUUUUUAAUACCGAUUGUUGCCGUUCAGGUAACACUAUUGUUAAUGAAUCUAGUCUCUUUUUUGGCGAUUCGAUGUAUUGUACCGUAUUUUUUAUUACCAUAUAUUGCGAUGUCUGUUUUUUCACUGUUCAUCGCAACAGCGCUCAUAGGAGUUACAAUUGAUCGGAUAGUAUGGGUUUUUGGAUGGUCUUGGCCUCCGAGCUUGUUACUACUGUUACUGUUUCUAUACUUGAUUAUAGAACUAUAUUUUGUCAGUUUGAAAUUGACUGUCUUCAAAGUACUGGUAAAGCGAAAGAAGGCGGUACAAGGUACAGCUGAGAAGCCAGCGUUAACAGCCACGGAUCCGAUGGACUCAUAUAGUCGGCGGUCCACGGUCGUAGUUACGGACGAGUUUCUCCAAAUUCCGCCUCGCUUCUGA